CUGAUGGGUUCCCAGCAGCACAGGGGAGCUGCCUGUGCUUUGUUGGGAGUGCACAGGUUGCUUGCUCAGCUCAGACCAUGUCAUGCACUUGUCUCCAGCAUCUGCAAAACUGCCCUGGCUGGAGCAAGGGGCUUCCCUUGUGCUCACUGUCAGACAUAGCUUAGUCAGUAGGAGCAUUACUUCAGUGGAGUAAUACUGAUGUUCUUUUAUUACCUCGUCUCUAAUUUCUGCUGAAAACCUUUCACACAGGAAAGGGGAAGCUGCUGCCCUUGAAACUUUUCAAGAGAAAGCCUUCUGUAUCGAAGUGCCACACUCAAGAGUAAUAACUGGAUUUUUAUCAUGCAAAAAUAGCUACAGGGAAUUUUUUUCAUUAAUAACGUACACCAGUAAACCCAGUCUCAAGGGAGAGCAGGCAGCCUCCAGCAACAGAGAUUCUACACUCAGCUCAGGGGUGAGCUUAACUUGUCCAAAUUGGCUUCAGGGAUGCUGAUGUUUCCAUCCAGAUGUAGCCGUCGAGAGUCUGGGCCUGAGCACAACGCACAGCAAGUGCUUAUACUUUCCUAGCAGUGCAGCUGGCUUCCCAACAGUCUGCAGGAAGGUAGGUGGGUAGGUACAUCUUGUACUCAGAGAAAUGCAAUCUCCUUUGAAAUCUCUUUAUAAAGUUAAUGACUAUGUAAGGAUCCAGUAGAACAAGACAUCAUUAAACACUGUCUGUGUUCACAAUCAACUUCCUGAUCAUAAUCUGGGCAGAGAGAGCAUCCAGCAAUGUGCUACCCAUCCCCAGAGAGUGAGGAGAAGAAAUUCUCCUCUCCUAGAGCAGGUAAGGCAAAAAUGGUAACUGCAUGGUUGGUGUGGACACCUUUUAGCUCCAUGUGGCUUCAGCCAGUGGGCUGCAAGGUGGCCAAACGAUGCUCAGGGAGAAGGGAAAAGGGCCUCUGGAAGGGGCCUCUACACUACACGUUAGUUCUUGCACCUGCCAAAGGUGAGAGCAAAGCGCUGCCCCUGGCUUGGCACGUGUGUCAGCAGGAAGGCUGCAGGUGGGGUACUGGGUUAGUCCUGGUGCCACCCAUGCAUUACAGCCAGCUGACAAGAGCUUAUUUUACCAAAACUUUCAGGACUACACUGGAAAGAAAUGGAGGUCCAGUUGUAAUAAAGCUUGAGAGGGUGAAUGCAAGAAAUAAAGGAUGAUGGGCAGUUAAGCAGCCCUGUUCUUGGUGAGCCCGUUUACCAGGCUGGGCUGUGCUCACACGGUUUUGCCAGGAGCAGGGCUACAUGGGGCAGGGCUUGCAUUAUUUCUUCAGGUCUAUCACCUUCACAGCUGGCUCCUGGGCAGUUAUGGUUUGCAGUUAGAUAGCGUGUGAAAAAGAAAAAAUAAUUUAACUUGAGUAGAGCACUGUGCUUUAGAGCUAUGAGUACGGUUGUUUCAGUGGAGAAAGAAGUUCAUUUGAGUUUAUUCUUUGAAGCUCCCUACCUUCAGCUUAUGCUCUUUUCCAAUGCAAUCUUUCUCUGGCUUGAUGAACUAUUUUUAAUAACUCUUCUGACAUUUUAUUUGUUCACCCAUAAUAAUUUUAAAUUGCCUGGGAAUCACUAGAGGAUUUCUGAGACACACUUUGAAAGUAAUAGUAAGUAAAGAAGUGCUUUGGAAAUCUUAUGAUUUCUCUCUGGUUUUGUGCCUUCCAAUGCAGCCUCCAGCCAGCCUUGUUUCCAUUCACAGUGGAGUUGUAUGGUGCAUCUGAAGCUUGGCAAAGCCCAGCACCCCCCCCUUUCCUCCUCUCUUUCCUUUCUUGAAAAGAGAUGGCCCCGGGUUUAAAAGUUGAUUUUUAGCUUUGAUUGUGUGUAUGUGCUAUAUGAAUGCUAAACAGCCUUUACAAUGCAUCCUUGUGAUGUGCUCGCAGGCUGUGAGGUCUGCCUGGCCUCCCAUCAUCCCUACGGCUGCGCUGCGGUUUGAUAUGGACAUGUUUUAUUUACGAGCGAGCUUUAGGGUGAAUCCAGCCGUGUUACGGGCAGUAGCUGAGGGACCGAGUAGGCUGAGCCACUGAUGCUUGUAAAUCUGACACAUUUGGAGCUGCUUUCUGCUGUGGAGGAGAGGUAUUUUCCCCAGUGGUGCAGUGGGCUGGAAAAGGAGGCGGUUUCUGAGAGGCAGCAGAGACCUGCACAGGUGUGUCCUGCCUGGAUGAUGGGUGUAGUUUUGGCUCCUGGGUGACAUCCUCCUUCUUGCUUCCAGCCCAUCCUUUCUCAGGAACAUGAGUAUCAGUGCCCCAAAGCCAAGGGGGAAGUUUCUCUUCCCUGCUGCAUUGACAGAGUUCAAGCAGCCAAGGCUGAGGCGCUGCUGUUCCAUCAGUGGUGGCUGCACUGAUGGAGUGGGAGCCGGAAAAGUGGAUGUCAAGAAAGCAUCAGUAUGAAUUCAGCCUCUUCUUCUCCAUUUGUGUUUAGUGUCCCAAGUUCACCCCAUGAAGCAUUAACAUAUAAAAUCGCCCAGCUCUUUCAGAACAUCUCUCUGACAGAGUGGGCAUCGUUUCCCUCCAGCUCAGAAGAGGGUUGGGGGUUUAUAGCUUUGCAAAAAAAAUUUGAUCUGGCUUUGUUCCCUUUUUUAAAUUAACCCUUCCCUUCUGGAUGAGACGGCACAUCCCUCUGCAUCCCCAUGCAUCUGGGGAUGAGGCUUUCCGUAACAGAAAUGUGCAAGCUGCCACAAAGCUAGAAAGAGUGGACCUGUGCUUCCUGGGGUAUUUUCAGACUCACUACCAUCUUUCCAUGCUCCAGCUGAUAACCAAUGAUAAGGUAGGAAGCCACAGGCAGGAGCUGUGGUCACCUGUGGUUUUGGACUGCUUUUGGGAGUGAUAAGUUGGGCUUUUGCAAAGGGAAUCAAUUGAUGGAACCUGCCAGGGUGGGUAGGAGGCUGAGUCUUGCUGGAAAAGCCAUCCUGACAUCCAGCCCGCGUGCUGGCUGUGAGGGUGGUUCCCCGACAUGCCACCAGCCCUGCCUCUUUUCCCACUGGGUUGCAGGGACACCCUGCUUCUCACCUCUCUGGGCAGAGAGGUGGGUGUGUGCCUGCUGAGGCAGGUGUGUGCCAACAACGGGACACCCAGAGGAAGUUUAAUCCCAUAGAAAGUGAAGUGUUCCAGAGCUUGCCUUGUUGAUGGGCACAGGUAGGAUGACCCCAGAGAGUCCCCUGCUCUCCCUUCAGCAGUGCCCUUCCAUGUGCCAAAUGUGUCUUCCUUAAUCACAGCCCAACAUCUUAAUAUGCCAGCUCUACUGAUGCUCCUGCUUUCUUUUGGGUGAGGGAGUGAAUUUCCUUUUGGCUUUUGUGAAUGUGAGACAGCAACUCCUUUUGCUCUUGUUAUUUUUGUGAUGUUAGAAAUCCACAUAUGCUGUUUCCCAAACAGGAAACUUUCAAGGCACACCUGUAUGGGAUAGAGGGCAAGAGAGAGAAAAAAGGAACAGCAGAAGAUCCCUCCACCCCUUAGCCCAGAAGGCAGAGCAGUUAGUGGAGGGUGGGCACAAAGGCAAGCACCAAGCACUGCAGGUAGGAGAAGCAUCAGAAGACAUGGUCAAGCUACUCAGGAAUAGUAAUUUUCAACCAAAACAGGAAGGAGCUGUUUAAACACAGGUGUCUGACGUUACAGACCUGCUUUCAGAGCUCCCUGAGUUAGUGAAGGUACCCGUUUUUAUGGCUGGAGACAAAAGGAGGCAGGACAUCUUUUGUGGGAAAACUAGCAGCCCUUCCAAGGCGUGUAGAUUACUAUUUUGGGACCUCUCAGGUGGACAUGAGGUGAGGUGCGAGGCUUCUGCAGGAACUGAGGAGACUUUUAUGGAACUGGGGAGGGAAAUGCCUUUUAGAAAGCCCACGUCGAUGAUCUCGCCCUUCGGGAAAAGGUUCUGCUGGCCUGUGGGGACCUCUAGUGAGAGACUUGGCUUCGCACAGGUCUCUGCGGUGGCAAGGUGUUUAGAAUUGGAGAAGGAAGUGGGAUCCAGCGGGAAACGGAGACGGGCUCCGUGUUUUUUUUUCCCUGUCCGCCGCUGUGAAACAGGCUCUGCGUGUGCUCAGGGCAGGUGACACGGUGACUGUCGCUCCUGGCUGGGCUGACGUGGCUUGGUGUUACACACACAGCUGUGCUCAUACGUCCUUGCAGCCCUUCCAGAUUUAACCUGUAACUCCACCGGUGGGCCAGCUCUUUUAUUUUUGUACCAGGGAUCCUUCUUGAAAAUGCAGGUGACAACACCCCCGUCUGUCCUCUACUACCAGAAGAAGUGAUGGGUGCCCACAGUUCUGAAUUCUGAUGCAAUCCUAAUGCUUACAGUGUCUUAUAAGGCAUUUUUCCCACCUGGUCUGUUCCGAGGGGUCCAGCUCCUAAAUGUGGAUGGCUUGGCAUCAGCUGCCUCACCAGUCUGUUGUCCUCUCCUCAAUGCCCUCCUGCCCUGCUGUCUAUCCAUUGGUUUUCCUCAGAUGGUCUACAGCUGGUGGCCAGAGGAGGAAGGUCUCUGUCUGCACAUGGGUACCUCAGUGUCUCCUCCUGGGCAUCAGGGCAGGGACCCAUGAGCCAUGGUUUUGGCACUGGCUGUGGCAGCUCUCACUGGUGUCUGCGAAGGCUGCAACCAAGAUGAUCUGCAGGAAAACUUGGAAGAAAGCUAGUGAUGUAGUCAGAAAAUCAUAACAUGCUUUCCCCCAUGCUUAUGGCUUUGUGCAACUCACUUUCUCUUCUUUUUGCUUUACAAAAUGCAUCUUCCUUCCUUUUUUCACUCCUCUCCUCCUCCUUUGUCAUCUUCCUGUUACUGCAGUUACUGUUGCAGAAUGGUUUUACUUUUUUACUCCUUUUGUUUGCCACCUGACAGGAGUGCAAUUAUUCACCUGUCCUCCACCAGCCUGGUUCCAAAAGUAAGGAUAAUUAAGGCACUCAGUCAUUCAGGCUCACUUUGGCCAGAUCCUUCUUGAGACUUCUUUGUGAUUUACUUUUAAGAAAUAUGCAUUCAGGAGACAGCUGGUUUUGAAGAAAUCACCUGAGUCUUCUGCAGCCACAGGUCCAUGGAGUCUUCAGCUAGGAGAGGGGAAAGGAAGAGUUAAAAUGUCCAUGGACAGUGAGGGUCUCCUGAGCAGGGGGUUAUAUGUCCAUAUAACCAUUUUCCUGAAUAAAAUACUACCAAAUGUGGUUUUUCCCUUAUCUACAAGUGCAAGUUCUAAUAGAGGCUCAGCCAAAGGUUAUUGCCAUGUGAUGCUUUUACAUGGGGAGAGAAGACUCUUACAUAAAUCUGUUUGGGGGGGGGGGGGGGUUAAUUUCUUAUUUAAACAAUAGGCUAUUCUUUUUUAAAUAGUGUUUUCCUAGAUGUUUUUACAAAAUAUUAUUUAUAUAUAUUAUGAAAAAAAUGUUAUGGACAAUGUUCAUUAAGCAAAAAUGCAUCCCAGUGAAAGUCAAAAUUGGCAUAUUUUGACACUGACUCUUGACUAAUCAGUUUAAUUAUUUUUUAAAGGAGCUUUGCUCCAUACUCCAUGAAAGGUUGUUUUUCUGUAUGCCUUUCCUUCUUCCCCAGCUGGCUGUAUGGGAGCUGAUAGCAGCUAACUGAGGGCCUGUGCAGAAGGUGACUGCCCUAAAGAGGAUUUAAUAAUCAGGCAGGAGGAGGUGCAUCAGCACGUGGUGGGACUCCACUUCCUGAGAGGCCCCACUGUGGCCAUGCCUCCCUUUGGUGGAAACCCAGGCUUUAUCAAGAGCUGGAGAGACCAACGGCCAGCUCUCUCUGGGGGCAAGCUGCCAUGGAACUGAGGUGCGGGAUGAGGACCACCAAGUGCCAGCUGCUGGUGACCAGCCUCUGUGUCAUGCUGCUGGGGCUCUCCAUUGCCACGCUGAGCACAGUCACCCACUAUGGGCUCCGUUUCACCCUCAUCAGCAAUGUCUCCCUGGAUGGCAACGCCUACAAGGUCAUCCACCACACAGCUUUCUACUUUGGGAUCUGCCUGAGCAUGACCCUGAUCCUGGCCGCCCUGCUGAGCUCUGCUGCCACGGUGCGGGAAUCACAGUGCCUCACUGCCAUGGGAUUUUUCUGUUUUGCUCUGGCCUUUUGUGGAUUGAUCCCAGCUGCCUGCUGGAGAUACACACACAGCACGGAGGUGGAAGACAGCAUGAUGGAUGUGUAUGAUUUUGUGUACGAGGAGGUGAGGAGGAACAUCUCCAGCUUCAGGAGACAUGAACUGACUGCCAUCCAUGAAGCAUUCCUUUGCUGUGGGAAGCACUCUCCUUUUGGGGACACAACUGAUGUUCAGAACGAGACAUGCCCACCUGACCAAGUGCAUGAUGGACAGGACUGCCUGCGAGAGAUCCAGGACUUUCUGAAGAAGCACAUGGACUUUGUCUUCUCACUCCUGGGCAUCGCCAUUGGCUUAACGGUUUAUGGAAUGUUCCUAACUUCAUUCCUCUGGUUCUCCAUCCACUUCAGCAGCAACCUGUACCGGAAAGGCAAAUACAUCCUGCGAGAGAGGUAGAAAGCUGAUGCCUGGGCAUCCCUACCAGGCAAAGCCAGCUCUUGGCUCAGGAAGAUGUCUGAAGUCACCCACAAAAUGCCCUAGGAGGGUAUUGCAUGGGGUCAGGUGGUGGGAUAUGUGUCACACAUUUCCCUUUCCUGCACUACUACUGGGCUCAGAGAUGCACAUUCCCUCGAUCAUAUGGGCUGUUGCUCCACAAGAAGGACACAAAGAGUUCUUUACAAGCAAAUGGAGAGAAAAGCCCAGCAAAAAUCACAGCAUUAAACCAAACUUCACUUCUUCCCUGUGACCCCCAAAGAUGCAGUGUUUCUAGGAAGAUGGCUUUGGAUCGCAGCCCAGGAUCAAUGUUGCACUAUCAGUAAACAAAUGACAGGAAGUGUGUCACCACUGAUGGAAAAUGUGCUCUCCCAGCCUGGACACUUGCAAUGAUUAACUUUGGGCAUGUUUCUGAUCAUGCUGGAUGCUACAUAGGCAUCCAAUGACUGUCAGGUCAUUUUCCCGUUUUCAAAUGUUGCCAAAUUUACAGAGCUUUUGGUAGAGAUCAGGACAAAAAGUCAGAAAGUAGUGAAUGGGCUUUGAAACAACUGACCAACAGAAGGACAUAUGUCUGUUAUUUCUCCUUGCUAAUGCAAUACAACAUUUUUUUUUUAAUUCUUAGGAUUUAGUCAGCCUCCUAAAUCUUAAUUCCACAUUGAUUUCACAGGGGCUUGUUAAGCCACACCUGUGUCUAAUUCUGGACCCCUUAAUUUAGGAAGGAUGUUGACAUACUCAAACACAUUCAGAGACCGGCCAGAAGGCUGGUGAGGGGUCUAAAACACAAGCCCUGCAAAGAGUGGCUGAGGGAGCUGGGGUUCUUUAACCUGGAAAAAAGGAGCCUUGGGGUGACCUUAUCACUCUCUCCAACUUCCUGAAAGGAAGGUGUAGCCAGGUGGUGGUUGGUCUCUUCUUCCAGGCAACCAGUGACAGGAUGAGAGGACACAGUCUUAAGCUGUGCCGGGGAAGCUUAGGCUAGACGUUAGAGAAAAAUUCUUCACAGAAGAAGGGAUUGGGCAUUGGAAUGGGCUGCCCAGGGAGGUGGUGGAGUCACCAUCCUGGAAAUGUUUUAAAAAAGACUGGACGUGGCACUCAGUGACAUGGUUUAGUUGAUAAGGUGGUGUUAGGCCAUAGGUUGAACUUGGUGAUCUCCAAGGUCUUGUCCAACCUGGCUGAUUGUGUGAUUCUGUAACUUUUGGCCCCAGCUCUAUGUUUAUCAGGCUUUGCUAACCCACUGUGCUAAAAGGACUUUGACAUUACACACACAAACAGAAGUUUAAAUCUAUUAAGAGACCAGGACUGAUCUCCAGCCAGGUCAAACAAUACAAUGUCCAACUCCACGUCCUUUUUACAUCACUUUAUCAAUAAUAAACAGAAUUUGUAAAAGGCUGUCAGUCUAGCUGAAACAACAGCUCCCUGGUAUGCUUUGCCCUCCUGUUGAGGAGACAGAGCCACUUCUGAGCUGAAACCCAUCAUUGCAAUAUAUGUAGCACCUGCUGUAAAUUAUACAGCUGUGUGAAAUGUCUGUUGAACCAACAACAGCUUUCACUUCUCUUGUACAUAGUGGGUUUUUUCAUUUUACAAUGAAAAAUUGUAAGUAGCAAUUGUUUACUGAGAUAAACAUGGACAAUCCUAUGCUGAAGUUCAGGACAAGUCCUGGCCCUCUGCCAGGGGCUGCUGCAUGAACAAGAACAGCAGUACGGCCUACAGCACCUGGCUGGCAUUUUAACCUGGGCUGCAAAUACCUUGCUUUGGAAAGAGUUGUGUUGUGGAGGCUUGAGGGAGGGAUGUCACUUCUCACUCCACGCCCUGGGAGCCAGCAGAGCUUCACUGUUGACUUCACUGGAAGCAGGAUGAAGUUCAAACUGCCCCAGUGUAUAAUCAAGCUACCUUCUGGCAGUCACCAACACACCUCAGUCUGGCAGGGAAUUGGGUAUGAUAUGCACUUCCCAGCUUAUGCACUUUCUAGUGGGGAAGUAUUCUCUUAUACAUGUAGAUGUAUCAUCAUGUAUAUUGAUCUCUGGAAAGAGACAAUCUCCCUUGUAAGCUCCAGCUGCUACUGUCAGGCUACUGCUGCUUUUAUUCCUCAGGCCAGCUGGCAGCUCAUGUGACUCAUGGUUGCUUCAAUAAAGAUGAAUUUCUUGCAAAAGGCCA